AUGGUCCUUGAAGAUCUGGGAAUAAAUGAAUGUGAUGAGUUGGCAUGUUUGAGGAAGCCUGGAUUUGGACUGGAAAACCUUGGUGGUCUGCGACGUUUAUGGAUCAAUGGGUGUGAUGGGGUUGUAUCGUUGGAAGAGCAAGGGCUGCCUUGCAAUCUUCAAUACUUGGAAGUGAAGGGAUGCUCCAACUUAGAGAAGCUGCCAAAUGCAUUGUACACCCUCGCAUCUCUUGCAUAUACGAUAAUUCAUAAUUGCCCGAAACUCGUGUCAUUCCCAGAGACAGGUUUGCCGCCCAUGCUAAGAGAUCUUAGUGUGAGAAAUUGUGAGGGUCUAGAGACACUACCUGAUGGAAUGAUGAUUAACAGUUGUGCCCUUGAGCGGGUGGAAAUUAGAGAUUGUCCAUCUCUUAUUGGCUUUCCGAAAAGGGAGCUACCUGUCACGCUUAAGAUGCUGAUAAUUGAAAAUUGUGAGAAACUAGAGUCUCUACCUGAGGGAAUUGACAACAACAACACUUGUCGUCUUGAAAAGCUACAUGUAUGCGGAUGUCCAUCUCUCAAGUCCAUUCCAAGAGGCUAUUUUCCCUCCACACUUGAGACGCUUAGCAUUUGGGGCUGCCUACAAUUGCAGUCGAUUCCAGGGAAUAUGCUACAAAACCUCACAUCUCUUCAAUUUUUGCACAUAUGUAAUUGUCCAGAUGUGGUGUCCUCUCCAGAAGCGUUCUUGAACCCCAACCUUAAAGCACUUUCUAUUACAGAUUGUGAGAAUAUGAGGUGGCCUCUAUCUGGGUGGGGCCUACGCACACUCACCUCACUUGAUGAGCUCGGGAUUCAUGGCCCAUUCCCAGAUCUGCUUUCUUUUUCCGGCUCUCACCUACUUCUUCCUACAUCUCUCACCUAUCUCGGGUUGGUAAAUCUCCACAACUUGAAAUCCGUAACCUCCAUGGGUCUCCGAAGCCUUAUGUCUCUUAAAAGUCUUGAAUUCUACAGUUGCCCUAAGCUCCGGUCUUUUGUGCCAAAGGAAGGGCUACCACCAACACUUGCAAGACUUGUAAUCUGGGAGUGUCCUAUUCUAAAAAAGAGGUGCCUCAAGGGCAAAGGAAAUGAUUGGCCCAAGAUUGGCCACAUCCCCUAUGUGGAAAUAGAUGAGAUUGUACAACAAUAA